CUGAGUUCUUGAUCAAGUGUGAUUAUCCUUGACUGAAUUUCAAGAAUAAUAUUUUGGAGAUUGACAAGGCUCUGAUCAAAGUGUUGACUGACUUGGUCCAACUUAUGUUCAAUUCUGUGCAAGUAGGAAUUUUGCUGGAGAGAAUUUUCAGUUUGCCAGUUUAAAACUGCUUCAGCACGAGAAACACUUUUUUGGUUUCCAUAUUCAUCUCUAUCAGUGGGAGUGGGGAUUUUUGGAAUGUGUUUGUAUUUGUCUUUAUGAAAUUCUUCAAAAGGAGGGAAGGUUGAGUUGGGAUAGGUUGGUUGCAUCAUGGAGAUUUGUGGUAAAGACCAAUACAAACACAUUCCAAAAAUCCCCACUCCUACUGACAGAGAUGAAUAUGGAAACCAAAAAAGUGUUUCUCGUGCUGAAGUAGUUUUAAACUGGCAAACUGAAAAUUCUCUCCAGCAAAAUUCUUACUUGCACAGAAUUGAACAUAAGUUAGACCAAGUCAGUCAACACUUUGAUCAGAGUCUUGUCAAUCUCCAAAAUAUUAUUCUUGAAAUUCAGUCAAGGAUAAUCACACUUGAUCAAGAACUCAGAUACAUGGCUGAAAACAACACUGGUAUCAUUUAUGCUUUCACUGAACGAGAGAAAGAAAUGAAGAGCCUAAAGAUUCAACUUGCAGACCUUCAAAAUCAGUUUCGUCAGAAACAACAACAACAACAAGCAGCUUCGAGUUACAACAUCUUCACACCAUAUCAUACUGGUAUGCAUGAUACUCCUUACCAAGCCUAUACUCUUCCCGCAUUUCAACCAUACAAUCCUCCAACCUCACCUCCAAAACCUUUUUUCACACAUUUUCAGUACAAACCUCCCCCAACAUCUAUUCCAACAUCCUCACAACCAACACAAUACUUCACUCCUCUUUCAGAACAACCAGACCAACUCCCUUUCGGUACAACUGAAAAAUGGAUUCACAGAUUUAGAGAAAAACAACCAGUUGAUCCAAAACCCAAAAGAGUAGCAGAACAACCACUAAACCACACCCAAGCUCAAGUUCUACACCUCAAAACCCUACACCACAACCAAACCAAAAACCUGUACAACUCAUGAUUUCUCCUACACAAACCCUUCUAGAAAUAUUUCACCAGAUGGCACAAGAUAACCUUCCUCAGUUCUCUAUUGAAGAUAUUUUUCCCUCUACCUUUGAGAAUGAAUCUCACAUGGAUACUGUCAAAUCAGAUGAAUCAAU